AUGUCGACGUCAAAGACUGGGUCAAGCUUUCGAAGGAACUGCAGUGACCGCGCUGCCAGCACUGCGGUGACCGAUUCGGCUUCCGGCGGCCCCUUCCGCGCCAUGACUUUCACGGUCAACCCGGACGCCGGAUCGCGACGUAAAGAUAGAAGCAGACAACGUCACUCCUGCUCGAAGACGAUCGACCAAUCGGAACAGUCUCUGGCGCUACACCGGGUAACCCAACGCCGCCCGCACCGCCACGAUGUCGGCGGCAUCGACCUCCAUUGGCUUGUCCCCAACCGAAUCAACGUGCCAGUGGGCAGCUCCUCUACCGCCGCAGAUUGGGGCAGCGCGCUGCGAUCGAACGUAACUCCGGAAUGGAAGUACGUUUCCCAUCCCACCUGGAUC